CCACACCCUCAUAUAUAUAGUUCCUCUCAAACCACUCUCCCUAACCAGGUAAUUAAUCAAUCCAACUUAAUUAAGAUUGAUUAAUUAUCACAUAAUCAUGCAGAGCUCCGAAGAAUUAUUAUGGGAGCAAAGCUACGACGACAUCAUCAGCACCAUUCCCGAGCUAAUAUUCGACGAUCCAUUUGAUCUCCCCUCCAGCCCGCCGGGCCCAAAAUCCCCGAUCAAGGGCCCGAGAGGCGGCAUGGGGAAGCCCGCGGUCAGGAGGCGGUCGCGGUCCUCGAAGAAGGCCCCGACCACGCUCCUCACCGCGGACGCCAAGAAUUUCCGGGCCCUCGUGCAGCAGUUCACGGGCCGCCACAGCGGGAGCCCGCUUCUCCGGGGAUACAAGGGCCCGAUCAACCUGAAUUUCAAGCAGCGAAACUACCAUCCCGCCGAGAAAUCCGACGGGAGAUUCUUCCCUUUUGGCGGGAAAAUUGACGAUGGUCAAAACCCUAGAAAUGAUGGUGUGUUGACCUGCGAAGGGGAUUUUGUCGACGUGUGCGGCGUUGAUUGGGGGAAGGAGAUGAUGGAGGGAGAUGGAGAUUAUGCUGCGGUGCUGGAUGGAGUCGUGGACCGUGAGUUUUGGGGGUAUUAGGGUUGAUGUAAGAUGUCAAUGUAGCGUUAGAUUAAGAUCACUAGUUUUUCUUUUUUUCUAAAAAAAAAAAAAUUGAUAAUUUAUCAAUCAAUUUGUCGAAUUGAUCAGACUAGUAUCUUUGGCUGGGCCGGGUAGGGUGGUUUGUCUCUAUUAUGAUUAGGAGGUAUGUUUGUGUUUUGUUACUUAAUUUUAAUAUAUGAAGUAUGCCAUUUGUAUA